AUGAUCGAGAAAUCUUGCACAAUGGACCAUCGUAAUCUUGAUUGCCUUCUAUCCACAAAUGUUGGUAAUCAUGGUUAUGGUGAUUCACUGUGGUUUGAUGCAAAAUAUGGCAUCGAAACCCUCAAUGGAUCAAACUACAAGAAAUGGAAAAGGGAUCUUGAGAUGGCUCUAGGAUUUCUAGACUAUGACUUGGCUAUAAGAAAGCAAGCUCCAAAAAAGCCUGCUGAAGGAGCAACUAUUGAGGAAAAGGCUCACUUUGCCAAAUGGGAAAAGGCAAAUAGGAUGACUAUUUUGAUCAUGCUCAAGUCCAUGUCACCAACUGUGAAAGGAGGUAUUCCACCUUCCAACAAUGCUAAGGAAUUCCUGGAGUCGAUUAGCCUGAAAUUUAAGGAAUCUGAGAAAGCUAAAAUGGGAUCCCUGAUUAACAAAUUGACAGACAUGAGAUAUGCUGGAAAUGGAUGCGCUAGGGUGCAUAUUCUAAACAUGAUCGAUGUUGGUAUGAAUUUGAGGGGUUAUGGAGUCAACUUAGAUGACAAUAUGUUGGUUCACCUUUCACUCAACUCAUUGCCUAUAGACUUCAAACAAAUCAAAAGCUCUUAUGUUGCACAAAAGGAGUCAUGGUCUAUCAAUUACUUAAUUGCAAUCUGCGUUUAG